AUGGCGCCGCAGCCGGAUCUAAUCAACGACGCCACCGCCGAGAUCCUCCUCCGCCUCCCACCGGAUGACCCAGCGUGCCUCGUGCGCGCCUCCCUCGUCUGCAAGGCCUGGCGGGAGCUCCUCUCUAGCCCCGCCUUCCUCCGCCGCUACCGAGGGUUCCACGGCGCGCCGCCCCUGCUUGGCUUCCUCCACAACAUCUACGACGAAGGCCCCUGCGCUCGAUUCGUCGCCGCCGCCGCCGACGCCACCACCACCUCCCCCUUCUCUGCACCGGCGUUCGACCGCUUCGAUUGGUGGAUCGUCGAGUGCCGCCACGGGCGCGCGCUGCUCCAAACUUUCGAGCGGCAUGCUUUCGCGCGCCUCGUCGUCUGGGAUCCCAUCACCGGCGACCAGCAGUACCUACCAAUGCCCGUCUCCGGGUAUUACUUCUGUCGCUCCGCAGCUGUUCUCUGCGCCGCGGACGGCUGCGACCAUCUUGACUGCCACGGGGGGCCAUUCCUCGUCGUCGCCAUCGGCGCCUACGAAGAAUGUACUCACAUGUGGGCGAGCGUCUACUCAUCGGAGACUGGCGUAUGGACUACUUCAUCCUCCAUUCAACUUGAUGUCUACAUCGAGGAAAGGCCCAGCCUCCUUGCCGGGGACGCGCUAUACUUUAGCGCUCAGCAGGGCAAAAUGGUUCUCAAGUAUGACUUCGUUGGACAGAGCCUGGAUGUGAUCAAUGCGCCGGAUAUGUUUGAGCCAUCGGAGGGCAUUGUUGUGACCGCGGAGGACGGUGGUUUGGGACUCGUUGGAGUGAAGGAUGGCAACCUCCACCUGUGGUCAUGGCAGGUUGGUCCUCGCGGCAUUGCGGAAUGGGUGCAAGGCAGGGUCGUAAAGCUGAGGACACUGUUCCCCAUUCUUAACCCGCUGGCCUCGCUUGAUGUGAUUGGCUUCCAAGAGGGCACAGAUACCAUUUUCAUUAGCAUAGAUAUGGACGUCUUCACAGUCAUGCUCAGGUCGGAGCAGGUGAAGAAGGUAGGCAAGACGGGGUCCAACUAUGCCAUGGCACCCUAUGUGAGCUUCUACACUCCAGGUACUGGCCUUGUGCUCAUCUUUAACCUGCGCACCUUAUAUAUAGAUGUUUGUGUUGUCUGUGAUUGGCAAAAUUUUAGUCAAACAGACAACAAAUCUUGCAAAGGGCAGAUUGCUAUCACCAUGAAGAUGCAGUGA